GACCGCUAUAAAUGCUCAUUGUGUGUCUUACACAAGUAAGCAUCAAUAUUUUUCGUAGUCCUAACUAUAACAAAAAGCCCAUGAAGUUUUGUUAUUUUGCUGUGCACGUUGAAAUUCGUUUCUGUUUAAUUGGGCUUGUCCCGUUAUUUAGAUUAAACAAAAUGCAACUAUUGAUUUGCGGAAUUAUUCUGAUAUGGUUUGGUCAGAAUUCCUAUUCAGCAAAUAACCCGGUAGUGCUGGUACAACCGCAGUUGGCUUCGCCGCUCCUGCUGCCCUACAAUCCAACGCAGACCACUGUGUCGCUGGAGAAGCCCUUCUGCGUCUUCGACACGCUGAAUCCUUCAAGUAACGCCAACGUGGACGUGUACGUCGUGUUGAGUUCGGUGGCUUCUUCAACGUUUACGCCAUGGAAGAACUAUAAAGGGACCAAUGGUGGUAGCACAGGACCUUACAGAGCUGCAUCUUUCAAACUUCCCAACUGUGCAUCUCCAGCAAAGCUUUCAGAUCUGUCCAUUCCUAGUAAAUUGCUAAGUACUUUGAAUGAGUACCUAAUCCAGAUUGGAAAUAAUUCAGCCUGUGUUAAUGAUCCUGCUGCCACAGAUCUCUGCAAUGGUCCACUUGGUGUGGGAGCUGCUUAUAGGUUUAAAUUCUUGCUGAUCGAUGGUGCCUUAGUUAAAGGAGAGACAUCGUGGUCUGAGCCUGUAUUCACGAGGCAAGCUUUGGAUCCUGCGGACUUGGACACCUGGAUUGGGAAAAGGACUGGGAGUUCAGUGGUCAUUGCUAGUGUCCUUAGUUCAGUCACCUUUCUUCUGCUUUGCCUGCUUAUUCCAAUGUCUAUAUAUGAAUUAGUUCAUCGUGUGAAGGGAAGUGGCUCUCAGGAUGUAACCAACAAACCUCAAAUGGUAGAGACCACAUUCACAAUGGUUAAUAAGAGAGUGUCACUGGGUGAAGCUGGAAACGCUCAGCAAUAAAGAAGCAAAACCUUGAAGAAAAGUAUGUAAACUCUUAAACUCAAGAUGGUUGAAAAUGGAAAUGUCAAAAAGUAUCUUGUGUUUGGGCAUUCAUAAAAGCUGCAAUACAGGCUAAUAAAGGUUCCAUAUACAUAACCUAGAGACCAGUAUUUGAAUAUUAGGAUUGAUGCUUUAAUCUAGAGCAUGUGUGUAUCUGUCUAUGUCCAAUGAUCAAAGGCAACAAGAAGCCAAAGAGACAUAAGAACUGGCAUAUUGCUUGAACAGUUUCCUAAAUGCACAGUAUGAUCGAAACAGACACACUUACUAUUGUACCAUUUUUGUACCCAUUUUAAUAAA